GGCUCCGGUGUAGUUCGCAGCCGGUGUCCGGCCCGCCAUGCGCCCGCCGCCCCGCUCCGCGAUCGGGCUGCUGCUGCUGCUGCUGCUGCUGCUCCCUCCGCCCGCGCCCGUCGCCGCCGGAAAGCCGACGACCUGUCAGAAGUGCCAGACGCUGGUGGACAAGUUCAACCAGGGGAUGGCUAACACAGCCAAGAAGAACUUCGGCGGCGGCAACACGGCGUGGGAAGAGAAGACGCUGUCCAAGUACGAGUUCAGUGAGAUUCGGUUCCUGGAGAUCAUGGAGAGCCUGUGUGACAGUAACGACUUCGAAUGUAAUCAGAUGGUGGAGCAGCAGGAGGAGCAGCUGGAGGUCUGGUGGCUGCGGCUGAAGAAGGAACAUCCUGACCUAUUCAGUUGGUUCUGUGUCCACACAUUGAAAGUGUGCUGUCCUCCGGGCACCUAUGGGCCAGACUGCCGAGCAUGUCAGGGUGGUUCUAAGAGGCCCUGUAGCGGGAACGGCCACUGCAGCGGAGAUGGCAGCAGACAAGGGGACGGGUCCUGCCAAUGCCAUGCAGGGUACAAGGGGCAGCUGUGUGUUGAUUGCAUGGACGGCUACUUCAGCUCACUGAGGAACGAGACCCACAGCAUCUGCACAGCCUGUGAUGAGUCCUGCAAGACAUGCUCGGGCCCGACCAACAGACACUGUGACGAAUGUGAAAUGGGCUGGGUGCUGGUAAAGGACGCCUGUGUGGAUGUGGAUGAGUGUGCAGCAGAGACACCCCCCUGCAGUGAUACACAGUACUGUGAGAAUGUCAACGGCUCAUACACUUGUGAAGAAUGUGAUUCCACCUGUGUGGGCUGCACAGGGGAAGGCCCAGCAAAUUGUAAAGAGUGUAUCUCUGGCUAUACAAAGGAGAGUGGACAGUGUGCAGAUAUAGAUGAAUGCUCACUAGCAGAAAAAGCCUGUAGGAGGAAAAACGAAAACUGCUACAAUACUCCAGGAAGCUUUGUCUGCGUGUGUCCUGAUGGCUUUGAGGAGACAGAAGAGGCUUGUGUGCAGACAGUUGAGGGCGAAGUUGAAGAGGAAACCACCACACAGCCACCUUCUCAUGAGGAUUUGUGACAGGUGUCCAGAAUCACAAGACAGACUCACCCUUUAAGUUAUUGAGAGGACAUCCUGCAGGAAGUGGCCCAUGGACAUCAGCCUGUUUCUCCAGGAGGACCCUGGAGGGAGAAGCUGCCUGCUUUGAAACAGUUGAUACUCACCUGGCCCUGAAAAAGCUGCAUUCUUGGCUGUUCUUAACAGAUUCGUAUAUUUUGAUACUGUUCUUUAUAAUAAACCUGGUUGUUGAAGGUAGGAGUAGAA